AUGCACGAGCUGUUUCCGGUCGGAGGAAUUUGGGCCAAUUCAGAAGCGAGUGGUCUCCGCAGGCCAUACGGCCUGCGGCAAAUCUUUCUCUUUGCCAUCCAGAGCGUUAAAAUCGAACUUGUGGAGGCAGAAACUCGUCUUCUCCUCUUCAAGAACUUCAUAGUGACCUCACUGCUCACUGUCAAACCGCGCAAAGCCCUUCUAAACCGUUUCAUCACCCUAUCGAAUGCGGAAGUUGAAGAGGAGGAUAUGAGGGCAGAAUUGCAAUAUACCCAAAAAAGGGGGAUCUUAUAUACUGAGUUAGAUAGUCAGAAGAAGGAAAUCCAGAGGCUUGUAGCUUCUCAUUGUGGGUUCGCAUGCCCCGACCCGGUACAAGUUCCAAAAAUGGUCGAGCAAGUCAACAACAAGCUUAUGUGGCUACACGGAAGCUUCAACAUUGGUGAAGAAGAAUUCCCUGGCAAUGCGGAGGAGAAGAUACGAUCCGAGGCUGCAACAUACAUCUGGAUCAAUGAGAACUGUCCGGAUUUACCAAUUCCAAAGCUACGAGGGUUUGGAGUACCUGGUGGUCUCAGUCGCAUUUACCCUGCCACAUACAGAAGCACAGACCCAGAAUCUUUAUCGAACCUAUCCAAUCGCCCCAUGCUCUGUCAUCUCCACCAACUGGAGAACUGGGCUAUCCCAUCCGGUAUCGCGCGGAAUAUGACCUACACAAGUUCUGAUAGCUUCUAUCUUGAUUUACUUGCAAGUCAUGAUAAUCGUCUCCAAUAUCAAAGAAAUGCUGCCUAUAGCGAAGAAGAUGCACGUACACAAGCUAAGGAUCUAGUGCUAAUGAGAGCAUCACUCCAUAAAUUUACUGAUCGGUAUCUCCACAAUGGUCCAUUCAUCAUGCAAUUGACAGAUAUGCAUGCCAGCAAUAUCUUCAUUGACAAGGACUGGAACAUCAAACACAUCAUUGAUCUUGAAUGGGCGUGCUCUCUGCCUCUGGGGGACCUGUUGCCUCCCUUUUGGCUAACAGGAAUGGGUGUGGAUCAAAUCAAAGGCCCAGAGUAUGAACGGUUUAGAGCAAGCUACGAGAAAUUUACGGAAAUAUUCGAACAAGAGGAGACGGGCAUACCGCUACAUCACAACGGAAAUCUCUACUCUCGGGCCAUGGCCAUGAGGACUGCUCUAGAGGAUGGUCGAUACUGGUACUUGAAUGCGCUGCAGACCCCAAAGGGUUUGUUCAAUCUUUUCAGGACGCAUCUUGAGCCGUUUUAUGAUAAGGUGCCUAAAGAGUCCCUGUGCGCGGCUGAAUCUCCAUUUUGGACACCUGGAAUGACUUCAUUUGUGAAUUUGAAGCUGAAAGAGUUUACUCAAUACCGCCAAGAGGUCCGUGAUAUCUUCAAUAGUGGAAAGAGUGGACGACCAUAUUAUUAG